CUUAAAUUUCUGAAACCCCGCCUUUCAGGUUCUACCUUCCUAUCGCACUACUAUAUUAUGGUGUGUUUGACCGAGUCAAAACUCCCGGUCAUAUGGUUUGCAGUUGGACUACUGUCUGUCUACAUGGCGGGGCACGUUCAGCGCUCGCCCGGGUCACCUAUGGUGGACCGUCUAUCUGUACCCUGUACUUCCACUAUACGGUCGAUCGGAAGACAGACUAUUCCUUUUCCUGAUGGAGCCGCAUGAUGAUGGCAUGAGCAGCUGAACAGCUGAACAACUCGGCCGCCCAGGAUUGACUCGCAGCGGAAUGCCCUCCGUCCUUAGCCUUCCAGGCAGAUAUGAAGGGGCACCCUCACGGGAACUACGGAAAUGCCGACCGGGCGACAGCCAGAUCGCUAGCCUUAUCUGUGAAGCCAUCCGCAAGGGGGGUUGAUAGCAUUGAUAUCGAGGUACUAAGGGACAUAGUGUGCCAGUGAACCAUGGAAACCAAGUGUGGCUGGUGUAGCAUCAGAAACAACCCGGGACACGAUCGGAACAAACAGAAAUUGCCGGGCCGUAGUCAGCCCAGUGCCCAUCGCACUAUCCUUAAUAUCGGCAUUUGGUAUCACCUACUCCAUGUGGAGGACUCCAUCACGAUGAUCGCUCUUCCCGCCGAAGCAAUGUGGCUGAAGGGAGGAGCGAAGCAAAAACCGGAACGGAAUCCAGGGCGUGAGCUGAUUAGUCACAUGCCGAUCCGUGAUUCGUAA